CACCAGAAGAAAGCUAAAAGCAUUCCGAUGGCUGCCUCCGGGCGGAAGGAGAGGUGGAGCCCGAGAUUGUUGCUUUUUUCUACAGAGUUCCAGUGGCUCAACCGGCCCGGUCCUCCAGCUCCCGGGCUGGGCUUGCCUUCUAGAAGUCCAAGAGUCUCCCGGUCUUCAUUGGUCGGCACCGGCGGAGCCCCGGGCCUCAACACUUGCCGAUUGGCUGCCGGGCGAGACCUGUCGCCCGCACGUAAAUAACCACCGCCCUCCAAUCACAGCCGUGUAGGGGCGGGCCGACGACGGGCCCGCUGGACUAACGAGGCCGGCGCGGGGUCGAGGCCAACUGGACCCGCCGUUAGAACCAGGCCUGGGCUCCUCCCCAGCCACCGAAGCCCGGUCCUCACAGGCACCAUCCCCUCGCCCCAUCCUGUUCGCUGUCGCCGUCGCGCCCAGGUGUUUACCUGGUACUUAGGUGAGUCGUCUGCAGUGGCGGUUUCGGUCUAAGCCUCCCGCCUCUUCUCUCGGAGCGUUCCUCAAGCCUCGAAGGCACGGAGGGGCCCCAGACCAAAGGCGGUGGGCUCCCCAGUCCGGGUCCCGCCUCCGUGCGGCUGCUUGCGCCCCCCCGCCCACACCCCCAAAGGCAGCGCCGAAGUCGUCCCGGGUCGCGGCGACAUGCCCGAGCUGGUGGUGACCGCGCUACUGGCGCCGUCGCGCCUCACUCUGAAGCUGCUGCGCGCCUUCAUGUGGAGCCUCGUGUUCGCCGCCGCCCUGGUGGCCGCCGCCGUCUAUGGCUGCAUCGCGUUCACACACGUGCUGUGCCGGCCCCGGCGCGGCUGCUGCGGGCGCCCCCGGAGCACCCCACCGGCCUGUUUGAGCGACCCCACCCUGGGCGAACACUGCUUCCUGACCCUGAAGAGCUCGGGCCUGCGCCUGCACUAUGUUUCCGCCGGACAUGGCAAUGGGCCCCUCAUGCUGUUUCUGCACGGCUUCCCAGAGAACUGGUUCUCCUGGCGCUACCAGCUUUGGGAGUUCCAGAGCCGCUUCCACGUGGUGGCUGUGGACCUACGGGGAUACGGCUCCUCCGACGCGCCUCAGGAUGUAGACUGUUACACCAUGGACCUGCUGAUGACGGACAUCCAGGAUGUCAUCCUGGGCCUGGGUUAUUCCAAGUGUAUCCUGGUAGCCCAUGACUGGGGUGCGCUCCUCGCCUGGAAUUUCUCCAUCUACUACCCAUCCCUGGUCGAGCGGAUGGUAAUUGUCAGCGCUGCCCCCAUGUCUGUGUACCAAGACUACUCUAUACGCCACAUCGGCCAGUUCUUCCGUUCCAACUAUGUAUUCCUGUUCCAGCUUCCCUGGCUGCCUGAGAAAUUACUGUCCAUGUCUGACUUCCAGAUCCUGAAGACCACCCUCACACACCGCAAGAGAGGCAUCCCACACUUAACCCCCAACGAGCUCGAGGCCUUCCUUUAUGACUUCUCACAGCCUGGUGGUCUCACUGGGCCCCUCAACUAUUACCGAAACCUCUUCAGGAACUUCCCCCUGGAGCCCCAGGAGCUGGCCACACCCACACUCCUGCUGUGGGGAGCGAAGGACACCUACUUCGAUCAGGGGCUGGUGGGAGCCAUCAGCAGUCGCUUUGUGCCGGGCCGGCUGGAGGCCCACAUCCUGCCGGGCAUGGGGCACUGGAUUCCACAGAGCAACCCCAGGGAGAUGCACGAGUACAUGUGGGCCUUCUUGCGAGACCUGCUGGACUAGUGGCCCUCGCUUGCUGGCCUAUGUGCACCUGGGAGGCCGCACGGCGUACGUACAAGGGUGGACUCCCGGAUCUUGCACAGGCGUGGAACUCUAGGCUACACACAAAGGCGUCUGUGGAUGCCCUCAGGCGCACCAGCCCAUAGGCUCACACACAGGUGCGUGUGUGUGUGUGCAGGUGAACAAGCACUUCAGUCCUCGAGAGCCAGGUACAGCUCUCCGGAGCUAGAUUCGGAGCGUCCUACCUCACCUCUCCCCUGGGGCCUUACUCUUCUUGCCAGUGUCAGACCCCAGAGCAGCACCAACCACAGACUCUGACCUUCCUGUCCCUGGCUUUCCUCUGCAAUCCGAGUCUUCAGCUAAAUGCUGCUGUGUCCGAUAGGGUACUGGCAGCCACAUCGGGCUGCUUCAAUUUACGUGCAAAGUAAUGAAAAG